AUGGCCUCUACUCUCGAUAUUUCAGCAGCUCGUUCUCGCUUCCCUGCACUACAGCAGGAGCAAGUGUAUAUGGAUAACGCUGGCGGAAGCCAGGUUCUCGAUACCGUGGCCGACUCCAUCCGUUCUUACUUACUAAACACAAAUGUUCAGCUCGGGGCUAGCUAUAAAGUGUCACAGAUUUCAACUAAUGUGCAUGAAAAUGCCUACCAAGUGGCUGCUGGGUUCACCAACGCCGCGACCGAGGAGAUCAGCAUUGGUAUUUCAACCACCCAGCUCCUGCACAAUCUCUCUACAGCGCUGAAAUUCCAACCGGGCGAUGAACUGGUUGUAUCCAAACUCAACCACGAGGCCAAUACCUCCCCGUGGAUCCAUAUAGCAGAGAGAUUGGGCCUAACCGUAAAGUGGUGGGCUGCUUCCGACCCAAGGAAUCCACUAUGCGAUCCAACCGAGUUGGAGUUCCUGCUCUCCGAUAAGACCAGACUCGUAGCAUGUCCCCAUGUCUCCAAUAUUACCGGCACUAUCAGUCCCAUCCGAAAGAUCGCAGACGUUGUUCAUGCUUAUCCCCGUGCACUCCUGUGCGUGGAUGGAGUCGCCUUCGCACCACACCGUCAGGUCGACGUGAAAGCGUUAGACGUGGAUUUCUACGCUUUCUCCUGGUACAAAGUGUACGGACCACACCUGGCGCAACUAUAUGCCUCGUCACGGGUUCACGACCAGAUCCUGUCACUGGGUCAUUUCUUCAAGUCCACGGAUACGCUGGACUUGAAGCUCAAUCUGGCAUCGGCUAAUUAUGAGCUUACGCAAAGUAUUCCCCAGGUUGUGGAGUACUUUGGGUCUGAUCCUAGCGCGACCUGGGCCCAGAUGGCGGAGCACGAGGAGCAGCUGCAACAGAUUCUACUGGAAUUCUUAGCUUCUGAUAGUCGGGUUGAAGUUAUCGGUGAACCUUCGGCCAGCAAGGAGGUUCGCGUGCCGGUUAUUAGCUUUGUUGUGCAGGGAGUGGGCAGUCAGCGCAUUGUGGAGGAGGUUGAACGUCGAUCGGCCUUUGGGUUCCGCAAUGGUCAUAUGUACAGCUACCGGCUACUGGCCGACGUGUGCGGAUUGGGUGAUGUGGAGGACGGGGUGGUGCGGGUCAGCUUCCUGCACUAUAACACCGAGGGCGAAGUACGGGGGCUGGUAGAGGUAUUGCGAGAGGUGUUUGCGUCCUUGUAG